CGCAGAGUAGAUAGAAGAGUUAUGCGGAUGUACGGCGAAAAGACCUUAAGUUCGAUGUGGGAGAAAAGGUAUUCUUGAAGGUAGCACCUAUGAAGGGUGUUAUGCGUUUUGAGAAGAAAGGGAAGUUAAGUCCUCGAUUUGUUGGACCAUUUGAGAUCUUAGAGAGGGUUGGUGUUGUGGCGUAUCGCUUGGCGUUACCACCAUCACUCUCUGCAGUCCAUAAUGUUUUCCAUGUUUCGAUGUUGAGGAAAUAUGUGGCCGAUACAUCUCAUGUAGUAGACUAUGAACCCUUGGAGAUUGAUGAGCAUUUGAGCUAUGUAGAACAACCUGUGGAGAUUCUGGCUAGAGAGGUGAAGAUGCUUCGUAAUAGAAGCAUUCCAUUAGUAAAGGUUUUGUGGCAGAAUCAUCGAAUUGAAGAGGCGACAUGGGAGCGAGAAGAAGAGAUGAGGACUCGUUAUCCAGAGUUAUUUCAAGAUUAG